CACCAAUAUAUUUUCACUCAAAUCUGUCCUUGCGAGACCUUUGUCUAUAAAUGACUCACACCUCCACAUAUUUGAUCAUGGACCUUCCACCACCACCAGCACAAUCACACCAAGCAGAAGCACCAUUACCAUCUUCUAUGCUUUGUCUCCCUGACUCUCUAUCUCUCUCUCUCUCUCUCUAUCAGAAUAUUCAUCGCUGCAACUACAACAUUACAGAAAGUCUCAUGUCUGCCACUUGCACUACUAUCUCACAUCGCCUUCUUUCUUCCAUUGCCUGUGUUUUCUUAUCUUCUUUGUUGUUCAAACGGGAGGGAAAGUUCCCUUUUCAUGUUUUUUUCAUGCUUUCAUUUUCAUCCUUUAGUGACGCACUACUUGCAUAAGUUACCUGCAGAAUCAUUUCAUACAUGUCACGAGUACUAAGGAAAAAAGGCCGUAAAAAGCAGAGUUAACCGGUGUCACCUGUCACAAGCCUACCAGGCCAUAUAAAUAAAGCCAUUACCAAGGGGCUCACCUUCACCAAAACUUAACAGUAUUCUUAGGAACUCAAACAGCCCAUGAUGUCACUUUCCUGUGCCAAAAUCUUCUUCAAACGAUUCUGUAAAGAGGAUGUUCAAAUGGAGGGCAUCCCCCACGGCAGCUUCUUUUCUAGUGACCUUCUACCAUCCCUUGGAGCUAGAAUAAACCAGGCAACCAUACUCCGAAGAUACAUAAUUUCCCCCUACAGUUCCCGUUAUAGGGCUUGGGAGAUGUGGCUGGUUGUUCUAGUCGUUUACUCUGCUUGGAUCUCUCCAUUUGAGCUUGCAUUUCUAACUUACAAGAAAGAUGAUGCUCUUUUCAUCAUUGACAACAUUGUCAAUGGCUUCUUUGCCAUUGAUAUUGUUCUCACUUUUUUCGUUGCAUAUCUUGACAGCCAAACUUAUCUCCUUGUUGAUGAUCCGAAGAAAAUAGCAAUCAGGUACAUAUCUACUUGGUUUCUCUUUGAUGUUUGCUCAACCGCUCCAUUUCAGUCUCUCAGUCUCCUGUUCACAAAUCGAAGCAGCAGCGAAAUUGGCUUUAGAUUACUCAACAUGCUUAGGCUUUGGCGUCUCCGACGUGUCAGCUCCCUUUUUGCAAGACUUGAGAAGGACAUCCGGUUCAACUACUUCUGGACUCGGUGCACAAAGCUCGUCUCUGUAACCCUGUUUGCAGUACACUGCGCUGGAUGCUUUAACUACUUGAUUGCAGACAGGUAUCCUGAUCCAAAGAGAACAUGGAUAGGUGCAGUAAACCCAAAUUUCAAAGAAGACAGUCUCUGGAACAGAUAUGUAACUGCUAUUUACUGGUCUAUUACCACACUAACUACAACUGGAUAUGGGGACUUGCAUGCUGAGAACCCCAGGGAGAUGCUUUUCGACAUCUUCUACAUGUUGUUCAACUUGGGAUUGACAGCUUACCUCAUUGGAAACAUGACAAACCUUGUAGUUCACUGGACCAGUCGCACAAGGAAUUUUAGGGACACAGUCAGAGCAGCUUCAGAAUUUGCCACACGAAAUCAGUUGCCACCUCGCAUACAGGAUCAAAUGCUGUCACACUUGUGUCUGAAGUUCAAAACAGAAGGACUGAAGCAACAAGAAACCUUGAAUGGUCUGCCAAAAGCAAUUCGUUCAAGCAUUGCACGCCAUCUCUUCUACCCCAUUGUUGAAAAAGUAUAUCUUUUUCAAGGGGUUUCUCAUGAAUUCCUCUUCCAAUUGGCUUCAGGAAUGGAGGCUGAAUAUUUUCCACCCAAGGAGGACGUAAUUUUGCAGAGUGAAGCUUCAACAGAUCUUUAUAUACUUGUCUCAGGAACAGUGGAUUUGAUAUCCUAUUCGGAUGGAAUUGACCAGGUUAUUGGGAAAGCAACUGCAGGGGAUAUUUUUGGAGAGAUUGGAGUUUUAUAUUACAAGCCACAACCUUUCACAGCCAGGACAAGUGAACUUUCUCAAAUACUUAGACUAACCAGAACUUCACUGAUUAACACCAUACAGGCAAAUACAGAAGAUGGUCGUAUCAUAAUGAAUAAUCUUUUCAAGAAACUGCAAGGAUCAGAAAGCACAGGCUUUGAUUACCAGAAAAAAGAUCCAGGAACGAUUCUCAGUGAAUGGUGCGAUGGAGGACCAAAGGAAGGAUGGUGCUUUGAGGCAGGAUAUCAAAAUUAUUCGCAUGGAGAUCCAUUAUUGCGUGAAGUAGGAGAUUUAUCUGCUGAGGAAUCCGAGGCUAGAGGAAAUGGCGAAAGAGGAGCAGAUCAUAAUUUUAUCACACAUGUAGGCGAUGUAAAUUCAACAAUUGAGGACAACCAAACGGCUCUUCUUGCUGCUGUUCGCAAGGGGCAUCUUGAAAUGGUUAAGAUUCUGCUGGAAGGAGGAGCAAAUGCAGACAAACCAGAUGCCAUAGGACGAACCCCAAAAGCUCUAGCAGAACAGCAGGGAAAUAAGAGCAUUUAUGACCUUUUACUGAGUUAUGAAAAUAGAAGGAAAUUAGAUGAACAUACAAUAGACUUUAUUGAGCCAGAAUCAGAAGAAUCCCAGAAUAAUCAAGGCAAACAUAAAGGAGUAGGUGAGCCCAAUUGUUUCAAUUUCCAUUCUAAAAUAGUACCCACAAACUCUAGUUCACGCCCCUAUAGCUGUCCCAGCAAUAGGGAAUCAAAGAAAUUAACCAAGAAGAGAGUCACUAUCCAUACGCAGUUUCACAACAGAAGUACAUUGAAGAGGCCCCGUGGAAAGCUAAUUAUACUGCCUGAUUCCAUAGAAGAGCUGCUCAUAAUCGGCGGUGAAAAGUUUGGAGGGUACAAAUUUACAAGAGUCAUCAAUUCUUAUAAUGCAGAAAUAGAUGAUAUAUGUGUCAUUCGAGAUGGUGAUCAUCUGUUUCUCUUUCAAAGUGACACCGAAAAUUUGGAUUGCGAUGUGACCUAAAAGUUUGUUGAAGUUUUCGAUGUGGACAUGCAGAUUAGCUUGAUAUCUUGAACGAUGAAUAAAGAAAUAUUGACAAAAAGUGCAAUAUAUAAGUUGGUCCAAAUAGGCCUCCAAAACUGCAGCAAGUGCUGGAAAAUUGGAUAAGUCAAUUACAGAUGGUUGCACUUUCAUUCAGUA